UCCCUUUUCUUUAUCCACCUUCUUCUCUUUAAUUGGCUGCUAUUCUGCCUUCUCUUUCCCUUUCCUUCUUGCUAUCAGACCCAGUGCUGGGAGGGCAGCAGGGAGUGUGGGAGCUGGGAAUAGUGACUCUGCCCGGCUGGGAGAGCCCAGUAAUGUGCAUCUGGCUGCAUCUGGCUGCAUCUGAGCUGAACUGCCUGUACUUCUAGAGCCCUGAAUGCAUCUCAUCUGAGCUGAACUGCCUGUACUUCUAGAGCCCUGAAUGCAUCUCAUCUGAGCUGAACUGCCUGUACUUCUAGAGCCCUGAAUGCAUCUCAUCUGAGCUGAACUGCCUGUACUCUAUAGCCCUGAGUGCAUCACAUCUGCUCAUCCUGUAUAUAAUAGCCCUGAGUGCAUCUGGGGGUCUCAUCUGCCUAGCUAGUACUUCUACAACCAAGUAACGGGCUCAUAUAAAUCUGGGGUAUCUGAUCUGCUCAACCUGCACCCCUAGAACCCUGAGUGCAUCUUAUCUUCUCAACCUGCACCCCUAGAACCCUGGGUGCAUCUGAUCUGCUGAACCCGUACCCCUAGAACCCUGGGUGCAUCUGAUCUGCUGAACCCGUACCCCUAGAACCCUUGGUGCAUCUGGCUGCACCUGAUCUGCACAUCUACUACUUACAGAGCCCAGUAACUGGUUCACUUGCAUCUGGGGCAUCUUGACCUGCACAGACAACACUUCUACAGCCCCAGGUGUAUCUGGUUGCAUCUAAACUGUACCACCUGUACUUCCCAAAGCACCGAGGGAUCCCAUGCUGAUCAUCACCCAGACUUUCUAACUGGACUCCAUUAAGCACCAUGAAGACGGAACGGAACUUGCAGACAAUCAUCUUGCUGUCAUUUCUAGCAAUCGCCGUAUUUUUCGCCAGUCCCGGGCAGAGUCAAGAAAAGAAUUUUUCAUGUAAAAGCCCAGCGGUUUCGGACAUUGUGAUUUUGGUGGACGGAUCCUGGAGCAUUGGCCGGCUCAACUUCAGGCUUGUGCGUCUUUUCUUGGAGAACCUGGUGGCUGCUUUCAACAUUGCCUCCGAUAAAACAAGAAUAGGUCUUGCCCAAUACAGUGGAGACCCAAGAAUCGAAUGGCAGUUGAAUACGUACGCGACCAAGGAUGCCGUUAUAGAUGCUGUCAGGAACCUUCCUUACAAAGGUGGAAACACACUGACAGGGCUUGCCUUGACAUACAUUUUGGAAAACAGUUUUAAGCCAGAAUCAGGAGCAAGGCCGGGCCUUCCAAAGAUUGGUAUUUUGAUCACCGAUGGGAAGUCCCAAGACGAUGUUAUUCCACCCGCCAGAAGUCUGAAAGAUGCUGGAAUUGAACUUUUUGCAGUCGGUGUAAAAAAUGCGGACCUGAAUGAACUGAAGGAGAUUGCCUCGGAACCUGACAGCACUCACGUUUACAAUGUGGCCGAUUUCAAUGUCAUGGACACGAUUGUGGAGGGUCUUACAAGGACUGUGUGCCAAAGAGUGCAAGAGCAAGAAAUGGAAAUCAGAGGAACCACAGUUACCUCAGUCACUGGAUCCCCAUCAGAACUGGCCACGUCGGAGGUAACAGCCAGAGGAUUCCGUAUUAGUUGGACUCACGCACCGGGGAACGUUGAGAAGUACAGAGUUGUGUAUUAUCCAAGCAAAGGAGUGCAGCCAGAAGAGGUUGUGGUUGAUGGCAGUGUCUCUACGACGGUGCUGACGAACUUGAUGUCGCUGACAGAAUACCAGAUAGCCGUGUUUGCUGUUUAUAUAAAUAGUGCAAGCGAAGGCCUUCGAGGCACCGAAACCACAUUGGCGCUUCCAAUGGCAUCGGAUCUGCAGUUGUACGAUGUCACCCACAGAAGUAUGAGGGCUAAAUGGGUUGGAGUCGCUGGCGCUACUGGUUACAUGAUCUUAUAUGCUCCUCUUACUGAAGGGCUAUCAGCAGAUGAGAAAGAGAUGAAAGUCGAUGGGUCGCUCACAGAUGUUGAGUUGGACGGCCUGACCCCUAACACAGAAUACACAGUGACUGUCUAUGCGAUGUUCGGAGAAGAAGCCAGCGACCCACUCACUGCGCAGGAGACAACAUUGCCGCUAAGCCCGCCCCGGAACAUUCGAUUUUCCGCCAUUGGGCACAGCACCGCCACCGUAUCCUGGGAUCACUCAAACAAGAGAGUCAAUGGAUACCGCCUUAUGUACGUUAAAACCGGAGGGGCGGAGACUAAUGAUCUGGUGAUCGAUCGAGUGUCGACCUACAAUCUGAAGCAGCUGUCGUCCCUCACUGAGUACACUGUCGCCAUUUUCUCUAUUUUUGAUGAAGGAGAAUCUGAGCCGCUGACCGGCACUUUCACCACAUUAAAAGUACCGAAUCCCCAGAGCCUGGAAGUCCGUGACAUAACCACACACAGUUUCAGAGCAUACUGGAAACACUUUGCACCGGAUAUCGUUAUGUACAGACUGGUGUGGACACCACUGAGCGGUGGGGAAUCUCAAGAGAUUGUCCUGAAUGGAGACAUCACCUCACAUCUCAUGGAUGGAUUAAUGCACAGUACAGAGUAUGAAGUCUCACUAACUGCAAUAUUCGGGGAUGAGACGGAGAGUGAUGCCUUAACCGCCAUGGCCACCACAUUGAGAAGGACAACGACUGUGGCUACUACUGCAAGAGUCACCACCGCAGUUGUCCGAUUGGGGAUAAGAAACCUUCUGAUAGAUGAUGAAACCACAUCGAGUCUUCAUGUCUCCUGGCAAAUGAGCGAUGGCAACAUCCGACACUAUAUAGUAACUUAUAUUAACCCUUCUGGCGACCGUGCUGAAGAACAGAAAAUCGUGCCGGGGAGGCUGAAUGAAGUUGUGCUGCAGCCUCUGCUCUCAGACACAGAGUAUAAAGUCACCGUCACUCCUGUGUAUUUCAAUGGAGAAGGAAACAGCGUGUCGGCAUCUGGAAGAACACUGCCUUUACUCGCCCCGAGGAACCUGCGUGUCUCUGACGAGUGGUACAACAGGCUAAGGAUUACGUGGGACCCCGCUCCUUCCCCCACUAUGGGCUACAGAAUCAUCUAUAAACCUGUGAAUGUGCCAGGACCAGCUUUGGAGACAUUCGUUGGGGACGACAUUAACACCAUACUCAUUCUGAACCUUCUAAGUGGGACCGAGUACAGCUUGAAAGUACUUGCCUCCUACUCCACUGGUUCCAGUGAUGCCUUAACCGGAGUAGGAAAGACAUUGUACUUGGGAGUGACCAACCUGAAUUCGUAUCAGAUAAGAAUGACGAGCCUGUGUGCCCAGUGGCAGCUACACAACCACGCUACGGCCUACAGAGUCAUCCUAGAGUCGCUCUAUGAUGGGACGAAGCAGGAGAUUACGCUCGGUGGAGGAACUUCCAGGCACUGCUUUUAUGAGCUCUACCCCAAUACCAAGUAUAGGAUAACUGUAUAUGCUCAGCUGCAGGAGGCUGAGGGACCAGGUGUAAGCAUUGUGGAGACAACGUUACCUCUACCAACUGCGGCACCUACACUUCCACCAACUACUCCACCCCCACCAACAAUUCCUGUUGCCAGAGAAGUGUGCAAGGCUGCCAAGGCCGACCUGGUUUUCCUGGUGGACGGUUCUUGGAGUAUUGGAGAUGACAAUUUCAACAAGGUCAUCAAAUUCUUGUACAGCACGACUGGAGCCCUGGAUGAGAUCGGACCUGAUGGUACCCAGGUUGGGAUAGCCCAGUUCAGCGAUGAUGCAAGGACAGAAUUUAAACUCAAUUCCUAUAAGAACAAAGAGACCCUGCUGGAUGCCAUUCAGCGCAUAUCAUACAAAGGGGGGAACACGAAAACAGGCAGGGCCAUAAAGCAUGUUCGGGAUGACCUGUUCACUUCUAAUUCGGGAAUGAGAAAGGGGGUCCCCAAAGUGCUGGUGGUGAUAACAGAUGGGCGCUCUCAAGACGACGUCAACGGCAUUGCCAAAGAAAUGCAACUGGAAGGUUUCAGUAUUUUUGCCAUUGGCGUGGCGGACGCAGACUACGCAGAGCUGGUUAAUAUCGGCAGCAAGCCCAGCGAGAGGCAUGUGUUCUUUGUCGAUGACUUUGACGCUUUCAAGAAAAUCGAAGACGAACUGAUCACCUUUGUGUGUGAAACGGCGACUGCCACUUGCCCAUGGAUCUUCAUCCAAGGAAACAGUGUAUCAGGGUUCAAGAUGAUGGAGAUGUUUGGCCUGGUGGAGAAGGAAUACUCUAAUAUGGAGGGUGUCUCUAUGGAACCAGGGACCUUCAAUAAUUUCCCUUGCUACAGACUGCACAAGGACGCCUUGCUGUCCCAGCCCACUAAAUAUAUCCACCCAGAGGGUCUCCCCUCAGACUACACAGUGUCCUUCAUUUUCCGCAUCCUUCCCGACACCCCCAAAGAACCAUUCGCCCUGUGGGAGAUCCUGAACAAAGACUAUGAGCCCCUGGUCGGCGUUAUAGUGGACAAUGGUGGCAAAACGCUGACGUACUUUAACUACGAUUACAAGGGCCAGUUCCAAACCAUCACGUUCGAAGGGCCCGAAGUCGGGAAAAUAUUCUAUGGCAGUUUUCACAAGGUACACAUCGUAAUCACCAAAACCACAACCCGACUGGUUAUUGACUGCAAGCAAGUGGCGGAGAAGUCAAUAAACGCAGCAGGGAACAUCACCACAGAUGGGCUGGAAGUCCUGGGAAGAAUGGUGAGGUCAAGGGGACCAAAGGACAACUCAGCCCCAUUCCAGCUACAGAUGUUUGAUAUCGUUUGUACAACAUCCUGGGCCGCCCGUGACAAAUGCUGUGAAUUGCCGGCAAUGAGAGAUGAAGCAACUUGCCCGUCUCUUCCAAGUACUUGCUCUUGCGCACAAGAUAGCAAAGGAGUCCCGGGGCCGCCAGGACCGCCGGGUGGUUCUGGAAUGAGAGGUCCAAAAGGAGCGCAGGGGGAAUCUGGACCAACUGGAUCCGAGGGGCCACGAGGUCAAACUGGUGCACCAGGUCCACAGGGUCCCCCUGGACCACAAGGGCCAAGUGGACUUUCAAUUCAAGGCCCACCUGGUCAAUCUGGUGCAAAAGGUGAUAAAGGAGAUGUUGGAUUUCAAGGACAACAGGGUAUCCCAGGAGCCCCAGGUUCACCCGGCCGUGACGGUGCUCCAGGUCCAAGGGGCUUGCCAGGAAAGGAUGGAUCAAACGGCCCCCCUGGACCACCUGGGCAAAUGGGAUCUCCGGGUAAUCCAGGCUCUCCAGGUGUCCCAGGAAGCUCAGGGCCCCAAGGUGAAAAUGGCCCCCCAGGGCCUCCUGGUGUUAAGGGGGAAAGAGGUGAAAGGGGUGAUACUCAGUCCCAUAAUGUGGUGCGCUCCAUCGCUCGGCAAAUCUGCGAACAGAUCAUUCAGAAUCACAUGUCCAGAUUCAACUCUCUGCUAAAUCAGAUACCAAGCCAGUCUGUAUCAGUCAGGACUGUAGCAGGGCCCCCGGGAGAGCCAGGAAGAACAGGGCCAUCAGGUCCUCAGGGAGAACAGGGAUCUCCAGGAAGAACGGGAUUCCCAGGAAAUCCAGGAAAUCCAGGAACUCCCGGAGAACGAGGUUUACCAGGUGAGAAGGGAGAAAGAGGCAACCCCGGUGUGGGAACACAAGGGCCAAGGGGUCCCCCAGGGCCUGCAGGACCUCCAGGUGAGGGUAGAACUGGUAGCCAAGGCUCAAAUGGACCCCCGGGACAACGAGGGCUGCCUGGCCAACAGGGAAAUCCUGGUUCCAUGGGCCCUCCUGGCCAGCCAGGGUACUGUGACCCUUCUUCCUGUGCUGGAUAUGGGGUUGGAGGUGGAUAUGGUGAUCCCACGGAUCAUGAUCAAGACAUUCCCGUGGUCCAGUUGCCACAUAACACUUAUCAAAUCUAUGACCCGGAGGACGUUUAUGAAGUGGAGCAGUCCCCCUAUGGCUCAUACCCAGUGCCAUACCAACAGACUUACUCCAACCCUGGGGCUGCUGUACAAGCUGUGGUGGCCGAGGAGACCGACAGCACCGAAGUGAGGUCACCGGGCAUGAGUCGAUUUGCAAGGAGUAUAGUCCAAAGGCAAGCCAAGCCCAUGAAUGGUGUUCAGGAGGGUUAAAUGAACUCUGUGCUCCAAGUCUUGACCAUCUAGGCAACGACCAUUUAAUUGCAUUGUACAGUAAUAGUCCUUCAACUUUUUACCUUGUCCGGAAAUUGUUUACAUAAAUUAGGUGGCCAUCAGAAUUAUCCUCCAGGUGAUACCAUGUACUGUGCUAAGUGGAACACUGAUGUUGGCAUCCACACAAACCCUCAGAAGAUGUUGACUCAAUGGUGUUCUAGUGAUCUGCUUUCUAUGUUCUAGCAGAGAGAGGCAACUCCAUUACCCAAGUGCCGCUAAGAGACUGUGGCUAUAAAAGGAGAAUCAUUGGGGUCAUUUGGACCUGCCACUAUCUCAUGAACAUAGCAAGUAAAUUUCAUAGCAAGUCUGUGCCCCAUCCAGUGUCAGACUGAGAUGCCAGGGGCCACCAGAAAACCUUGGACAAUAUGCCCACUCUCUAAACUAUUAUUCCUCCUCUCCUUACUCAACCUCUUUAUUAUCCAAGUCUCUUUUCUCUAUCCUUCCAUCUUUUUUCCCAUACAGGAAUAGGGAAUGACCAUGCAGUUGGCCAAAUAGUUAGAAGCAAGAGGGCCCACUGUCACCUGGGCCCACUGGGAGUUUUCCUGGUAUCCUUGUAGGCCCGUCUAAGACUGGACCCAUCCAUCUUGCUGGGUUCCAGUACAAAUGCCUAUGGAAGGGAGCACAUGGCUUUGGAAAAGGCUGGUUGUGCCUUAUGAUAAAGCACAACCAACCACUGACACAAACGUCUUAAUUACAUUGUGAAUCUGCCCCUUUCCCCUGCCUAGAUAAAGUAUAUCAUAUGUGGGCAGGUUUGGGCGUUUCAUCCCAUUUUGACCAGGCAGCCUUGGCCUCAGAGGUGGAUUUAGGGCUUAAAGACAGAACUUUAGACCCUACAAAAAAAGUAAAAUGCAGCUACAGUGGCAAAUAACCUGCAAAAUAUAUGGUCCCAGCUCCAUGUCUGGAACAAGACCCACACCCCAAGGGCCUUUUUACCAAUGAGGAGAUGGUACUUUAUCUUGCUCAUUGUUAAUCUGACCCCACCAGCUUUAUAUAACUGUUUAAGCCCCCCAGUUAGUACAUACAUGGCUUAAUACACCCAUUUUAUAUGCAUGCAAGGUGGCAGCCCAAUGUAUUUUUUGCAACAUGCAUGAGUGAAAGCAAAUGUGCAAUUGGCAGACUGUAGGGCUAACUCUAGACUGUGGCAGCACUUAAAGUUCUGGAGUUGCCGAUCCCUAAUUUAACAUAAAUGGAAAUAAGCCAAAUAAUAUGUUUUGGUGCUAAACUAAUCUGCUACAAGUGUGUAGACAACAUUGGCUGUAGUUGGGGGUUCUGUUGUACGCCGACUUUCUUUCAUGCAGGAUUGACCUCCACAUUCCAGGGAUUCUCACAGUCGGACAGUGGAUUAGAGGUUUAUGUUCUUGUUCAAUUACAAAUGAAAGCCGAAAAUAACGCAAUCAAGCAUUAUGAGGCGUAGGCUAGUCCCCACAGCAGGGCUGUCACCAUGUGUCCAACACUUGUAUAAAGGCCCAGGCCCAACAUACGGUUGCUGGACGUUAUGGUUUAACAAGCUGUUACCUGGGCAACACUGAUAUACCAUUACUGUCGCCAUGCUGGCAACUUCUCUUCUUGCCCUUCUAUACCUACGAGUUCAUCUAUCUACCUACCUACCGACAACUGCUGCUCUUCAGUGCCCCAACCAAACAUGACCAGAGGGCCACACUUUGGUUCUCCUAGAAUGUUAUUAAACCCAGAAGGCAGUCAGUACUGCAUUGUACACUCAAGGGCUCCUCCACAAGCCUCUCCUUAACCCACAGGCUUCCAUUCCUUCAUACCCACCAACACUAAGGUGCUGAACAGAAGGAGUUACAUGCGGGUAAUUUAUUGUAAACACAUUUCCAUUGUUUUGUAUAAAGAAAUAAAGGCUGUUUUAUGCUCCAGA